AUGGCUAUCGACCGAGAUGCCUCGCAGUGUCCACCCGAAUACACUGAUACCGGGGGCGAACGCGCAGAACCCGUCAAAUAUACGGCACAGCUUGAGAAUGGAACGGGAAAGGCGUGGUUGUGGCUCACUGUGGAGAGCCGAGCUAAGAGUCCCAAGCAGCGCCCUCUCUUCGCAAAUGCAGACACGGUCCGGGGUACUGUCGAGAUCGACUACGGUCAAGCAGGAAAGCCGAAGGAGUUGUCUAUCACAGUGCGCGCUAGCCUGACGGCUGUAGGACAAGAGGAGGAAAGGCUUCUCUGUAUUUCAAAGACUCUGUGGAGUGGCAAAGAUCCUUCAGCACCGAAGCUGGCUGCAGGUCGGAGCAAUUGGCCGUUCUCUAUCACACUGCCAGAUGAGAUCCCCCUCCCAAGCAGUGGCAGAUCCAAGGCGUCCUCGCCGACAUGCCCGCUCCCUCCCAGUUUCUCGGAGAAAGGCGGCCCCGCCUACAUUGAGUACCAGCUCGUCGCCACCGUGCGGCGAGGCCUCUUCAAAUCUAAUCAAACACUGGUCUGCCCACUCGUGUAUCUGCCCGUCACACGGGCGGAGCCACCCGCCCGACUCCGGAUGGCUGCGUAUCGUGAUGGCACUGCACUUGUCGGUCCCGACGGAGAUCCGGAGGGCUGGAAGGUUGGACCGUCCGCGAAAGUUACCGGAACGCUGUUCGACGCUCGACAGGUGGACGUCGAGUACACGCUGGCGGUUGCACGACCGCUGAGCUGCGCGCGAGGCUCACCGAUUCCACUGUCGUUGACAGUUGCCAGCGACGAUGAGCAGGCUCUGGAUCUUCUCAGCACGCCGGCUUCCAUGAAUCUAUAUCUUGUUCGCUCCCGCGUGCUUGGACAGCAUGCAAUGUCUGAGGACGCCGGCGCACGCAGCGACCAGGUCUUCCAGGAGAGAGUCGGUACCGCAUAUUUCUGGCCUUCGGACGCCGGAUCACCUAGUGGGGGCAAGCGUGCCUUAUGGGGAGAACUGCUAGUGAAGCCAGACAGCAAGCCCAGCUUCGUCUGCCCAGGCUUCUCUUUGAGGUACGCCUUAGCCCUGCUUCCUCCUGAGGCCGCGGGAUUCGUGCCAAAAAUACAUACCAAUGAGCCGUUGGUCGCUCAGAAGAUUGCCGUCACGACUGCUGGUGCUCCGGGGGUCAGCGUUCCCUCGCACGCACCACCUGGGUACACGUACCCGGAAGAAGCCGACUACACGAACGCCCUCGGAUAUCUGGAGAAUGGAAAUCAACGGCGAGUAUGA